AUGAUCCAGGAGAAAGGAAAUGGACCAACAUGGCAAUUCAUGGGCUUCUAUGGACAUCCUGACACAGGGAAGAGAGGCAGUAGUUGGCAACUACUUAAGAUGCUAAAACCCACCACUCCCAUAGCAUGGUUAUGUGCUGGAGACUUCAACGAGAUUCUUCAUCAGAGUGAUAAGAUGGGUGGUGCCAACAGACCAUAUAAACAGAUUGAGGACUUUAGACAAGCAGUGGAAUACUGUGGUCUCCCUGCCAUUCAUUCAUAUGGGCAAAGGUUUACUUGGUCAAAUAAUAGAAGUGGUAAUGACUUUACAAAGGAAAAAAUUGAUAGAGUUUUUGGCAAUAAAGAAUUGAAUGAUUUAUAUAGUCAUGGUGUCUGUAAUGUUCUUCCUGCCAUUAGAUCUGAUCACUCCCCCUUGUCAGUUAGUUUACACAAUACUUCUAAUGGGAGGAAGAAAAGAAGAUGGUGCUUUAGAUAUGAGAUGGCCUGGGAAGUAAAGGAAGAAUGUCUGAAGGUGGUGGGUGAGGCUUGGCAAAAUGCUGGUAUAACAAAUUGUCAGGCUAAAUCCUUAAGAACACAGCUUGAACUAUGCCAAAAGGGUCUCAUGACAUGGAGGCAAACUCUUAAGCAACAAGAGGAUCAAAUUAUAAAAAAUGCGACUCUAAAUAUUGGGCAUCUUCAGAAUUAUGGUACAGGCGAGCACGUGGCAGCUAUGAAACAAAUUCAAGAGGAGGUGGUUACUGCCAUUACAGCUAAUGAUAUGAAAUGGAAGCAAAGGGCAAAGCAACACUGGCUGAAACAUGGGGACAGAAACACUCAGUACUUCCACAUGCAAGCAAGCCAGAGAAAGAAGAUCAAUGCAGUCAAAAGCAUAGUGGAUUCACAAGGCAGGGUUGUCACUGACCAGUCUGAAAUUGGUGAGGGGUCGCUAGGCCCUGAUGGUUUUCCUGCCCAAUUCUACCAAAAAAACUGGGAGGUAGUGGGGGACCAAGUCUGUAAUUUUGCUCUUGAAUUCCUCAAUCAUGGUGGAUCUCUCAGUGAGGUUAAUGACACGUUUAUUACUCUUAUUCCCAAAGUUCAAAGCCCCACGAGAGUAGUGGAUUACAGACCCAUAAGCCUUUGUAAUGUUUUAUACAAGGUUGUGUCAAAAAGUAUGGCUAAUAGACUGAAACACAUACUGCCUCAAAUCAUUGCCCCUAAUCAGAGUGCCUUUGUGCCUGGAAGGCUCAUCUCUGAUAACACCUUGGUAGCCUAUGAGGUCCUCCACUCUAUGAACUCUAGAAUGAAAGGGAAGAAAGGAUUCAUGGCUUUAAAAUUGGACAUGAGUAAAGCUUAUGACAAGGUUGAGUGGAAUUUCAUUGAAGCAAUCAUGAUCAAAAUGGACUUUCCUGGUCACUGGAUCCAUAUCACAAAAGCUUGCCUCUCUUCUGUUUCCUAUUCAAUACUUGUCAAUGGAGAACCUCAGAAAAAUUUUGUACCUUCGAGAGGCCUUAGACAAGGAGACCCCUUGUCCCCCUACUUGUUUAUCCUUUGUGCUGAAGCCCUCUUUUCUCUCCUUAGACAUGCUGAGGCCUGUGGCAGUUUAACCCCUGUGGCUAUUGGCAGAGGUCCUGUUAAAGUAAACCACCUCUUCUUUGCUGAUGAUAGCCUUUUAUUCUGCCAAGCCAAGUAUGAGGAAAUUAAUUGUGUCCUCAAGAUCCUUGAGCUAUAUGAGAAAGGAUCAGGACAGGUUAUAAACAAGGACAAGUCUGCUAUCUAUUUUAGCAAGAACACUGCACUGAUGACCCAACAGCAGAUCAUGCAUCUAGCAGGGGUCCAAUCCACCUCCAAUUUUGAGAAAUACUUGGGUUUACCUUCUUUGGUGGGUAGGAAGAAGAUUGCCUCUUUCCACUCUUUAAUUGAUGGAACCUGGUCUUGGGUCUCUAAUUGGAGGACCAAAUUUCUCUCUGCAGCAGGAAAGGAAAUUUUGCUCAAAGCUGUGCUUCAAGCCAUUCCCACCUAUGCAAUGGGGAUGUUCCUUCUACCAGCUUCUAUAACAAGGAAACUAAACCAGAUACUAAGGAGGUUUUGGUGGGGUUUCAAUGAAGACUCUUCAAAAAUUCAAAGGGUCAAGUGGGAGCAACUUAGUGGCAGGAAGGAUAUGGGAGGGCUUGGAUUUCGAGAUCUAAGAUGUUUUAACAUUGCCUUACUCUCCAAACAGGGAUGGAGGAUCCUCCAAAAUCCUACAUCCCUAGUGGCACAAAUUCUAAAGCAAAAAUACUUCAAACAAGGAAAUUUGCUUGAUGCAAGGCUUGGAACUGGGCCUUCCUUUGCAUGGAGAGGAAUACAUGCUGGAUUAUCUCUAUGGAUACCCUCUUUACCUGAACAAAAAAUUGUGACUCCUCGAGAUGCUGACUGCUGGUGUAACAAAGUCAGUGACAUUAUUGAUCCUCAAUUGAAGAUAUGGCAGGAGUCUCUCAUAUCUGAACUAUUUUCUAUUCAGGAAAUAGAGGGCAUAAAAGCUAUACCCAUUAGCUUAGGAGGAAGAGAAGACAAACUUAUUUGGCAAUUCACUCCUAAUGGCAACUACACUGUUAAAAGUGGAUACUAUCUUGGCAAAGAAUUGGAAAGAGAGCAAAUAGGAGAGUCUUCAGAAUUGAUUGGCAAGCUUGAUUCAGAGGAGUUAAAUGAGGUAGCUGUUACAAUGAGGCUAAUAUGGGCGAGAAGAAAUGAUGUAUUACAUGGGAAAGCCUUCAAACACCCUCAAGAAAUCACUGCAUAG